AUGGCUACCGCCGGCCCUGUGAGUGAAGCUGAGGGUGGAAUCCAAACGUGGGACAAGGAGAAGGAGGGACAGGAAAAGGAAGAAGAGGAGGAGGAGGAGACAGCAGUGGCGGCUGCAGGAAAUGAGGCUCCGAGCUCUCCCAACCUGCCUCUUGCGGGCAAGGCCCGGGCUGAGGGCCCUGCGGAGGUCAAGCCCGAGCUGCACCCCCUGCAGAACAGGUGGGCCCUGUGGUUCUUAAAGAAUGACCGCAGCCGGGCCUGGCGGGACAACCUACAACUGCUCACCAAGGUUGACACCGUGGAGGACUUCUGGGCGUUGUACCGUCAUGUCAAGCUGGCCAGCAAGCUCUCUUCUGGCUGUGACUACGCCCUGUUCAAGGAUGGCAUCGAGCCCACGUGGGAAGACAGCAGGAAUAGGCGGGGUGGCCGCUGGCUGGUCAGCCUGGCCAAGCAGCAGCGCCACAGUGAGCUGGACCAGCUGUGGCUGGAGACACUGCUGUGUCUGAUAGGGGAGAGCUUUGAGGAACACAGCAGUGAGGUGUGCGGGGCCGUCAUCAGCAUCCGCGCCAAGGGGGACAAGAUCGCUGUGUGGACGAGGGAGGCGGAAAACCAGGCGGCUGUCCUGCACAUCGGGCGUGUGUACAAAGAGCGCCUGGGCCUCUCCGCAAAGACCGUCAUUGGGUACCAGGCCCACGCAGACACCGCCGCCAAGAGCAACUCCCUAACCAAGAACAAGUUGGUGGUGUGAAGGGGCCUUGGCACCCCUCCUGUUUAGUGGGACAGUCAUCACCUAAGCUUCUUACUGCUGCGUGGGGAGCAAGACGUGGGGGUAGACAGCCUGGUUCUUACCAGUCAAGUGAACAGAAAUAUGUACGUUUUAACAUAAAUUGGGGCC